CAACACACAAGUUUGCUUGGUGUGCAAAGCAAGGCAGAAAAAUUAAUUGUGGCUGGACCAAGUUCUUCGUUUGGUGGCUUUGGCGAGCAACCUACGCUUAAUAUUAAUAGUACAAGUGGUACUAGUGCGAAUCCAUUCUUAAACAGCACUGAUAACAGAAGUUUUGGAAGGUUUAGAUCAAACAAAAAGAGUGAAGUAAAAGUCCUGCCUUUCAGCGGUUUUGGCAAAAUUACUUCAGAUUCUGCUGAUCAAAAAAAGAGUGAAACAAAGGGGGAGUACCAAUCUAAUUUAAAUUAUGACAGCCAAAUCCUGCCUUUCAGCGGUUUUGGCAAGAACACUUCAGAUUCUGCUGAUCAAAAAAACGCUUCUGGAGGAUUUAUUAGCUUGAGCAACAAGAGUGAAACAAAGGGGGAAUACCAACCUAAUUAUGGCAGCCACAUUCUGCCUUUCAGCGGUUUUGGCAAGAACACUUCAGAUUCUGCUGAUCAGAAAAACGUUUCUGGAGGAUUUACUAUUACUUACAACAAGAAUGAAACAAAGGGGGAGUACCGACCUUUCAGCGGUUUUGGCAAGAAUACUUCGGAUUUUGCUGAUCAGAAAAACGUUUCUUUUGGUGGGUUUGGAAGUGUUAGUCCUCUGAAUGUGUCAGAUUCUACUAAGCCUUUUGGUUUGGGAAGUUUUGGUAGUUUUGGAAGCUUUAAUUCGAAUGCUUCUUCAGAUUCUACUGAUGGAAAAAAAUCUAAAAAUACUGGAAGAAAGUCAAAUGCUGGAAGUGGUGAUGGUGCACAGGGCUUUAAGUUUGGUAGGUCAGGUUUUGGAAAUGAUGGUCAGGAUACUUCACAUUCUACUCAUAGUAAGAAGUUAAAUUAUAAAGAAUUUAAAGAGCUGUUUGGGUCUGGAGAAAGAAAAUCAAAUGCUGGAAGUGGCAAUGACACACAGCAUUCUGGAUAUUUUCGGUCAAAGUAA